CUGUUGCAACUUACAAAUAGAAAGCAGGGAGGCGAAGAGAAAAAGCUCUUCUUUAAUCUUUAGAUCUCCUCUCUUUCAAUGCAUCCUUGUUUCUGAGUUCUUCACUCGGUUUUGCACUCGCAUUGCACCAGCUCGCUCCUGUUUACUCGAAAUCCACGUGUAGAUUGACGCCAUAGGCUUUGCUUUCCCGCGCGUGCUUGCAUUUUUUUUGAACCUCCGGCAUCGGGAUCGAGCGAUCGAAUGUUGAGUUUUCAGCGAUAAUUUCCAGAGCUUCGGUCUCAUUCCUGGAUUUCCUGCGGGUUUUUCGGAGGAGAUGUUUAAGUCGGUGAGAUGGAGGAGCGACAAGGACAGGAUCAAAGCUGUCUUCAAGUUGCAGUUCCAUGCUACUCAAUUGGCAGAGUCAUUGAUGAUAUCAGUAAUUCCUGACGAUGGGGGAAAACCGAUAAAAACAUUAGAAAAGGCGACGGUUCAGGACGGAAACUGUCGAUGGGAAAAUCCACUUUACGAGACCGUUAAAUUUGUUAGGGAGCCAAAAACUGGAAAGAUCAAUGAAAGAAUCUAUCAUUUUAUUUUAUCAACAGGUGUGGGAAAAGGAGGUUUGGUUGGGGAAGUUUCAAUUGAUUUUGCUGUUUAUGCUGAGGCAAAUAAAACUUCCACCGUUUCUCUUCCAUUAAAGAAUUCGAACUCUAAAGCAAUUUUGCAUGUCUCAAUACAGAGGUUGCAUGAAAAUGCUGAUCAAAGAGAGGUGGAAGAAACUGAAGAUGCAAGUUUUAAAUUGCAAGAGAGGAGCUUGAAGGCCCACUUGAGCAAUGGUUAUGAAGAUGAAAGCAUUAAGAAGGAUCUCAUUGAAGAUGCAUCUUUCAGCAAAACCACCCACAAUGUUGAAUUGCGUGGAAAUCAUAAAGGAUCUGAUGGAUCUGAUAUUACCAUUUCAAGUUCUAAUAGUAGCUCUGAACUUGAUACUCCACGAGAACUUGGAAUGAAGGAUGACAAUGUAAAGAAUGAGUGGUCGGCAGGUUCUGAUCACGGAAUGAGUACUGAAGACUCCAACAGUUCCCAGGACAACUUUCCACGAGAAAAUUGCCAACAUGGUUCAGAUAGUGAAAUUGAAAAGCUCAAGAAUGAGGUCAAUGCUUUGUCCAGGCAAGUGGAUGUGUCAGAUAUGGAAUUGCAGACUCUGAGGAAGCAAAUUGUAAAGGAGAGCAAAAGGGGGCAGGAUCUCUCACGGGAAGUUGUUACUUUGAAAGAAGAAAGAGAUGCACUCAAAUUAGAAUGUAAUAAACUGAAAGCCUUUCAGAAGCAAAAGAAUGAUGCAAAACUAAACAACAGGCUGCAGUUUGAGAAUGGGGAUCCCUGGGUUCUGGUUCAAGAAAUCAGAGAAGAGCUGAAAUAUGAGAAGGAUCUGAAUUCCAAUCUUCGGUUACAACUGCAGAAGACACAGGAAUCAAAUGCUGAGUUAAUCCUUGCUGUACAAGACCUAGAAGAAAUGUUGGAUGCAAAGAACAUGGAGAUGUCCAACACUCCUAACAAAUCAGGGUCCCAUGGCAGUGCUAAAGAAUUGAGAGGCACCAUCUCAAGAAGUGACAGAGAUGAGAAUGAAUAUAAGAGGGCAUCAGAACAUCUUGUUAAAGAACACAGAGGCACCAAGGAGACCUCUGUCCUGGAGCAGAAGGUCAUGGACCUCAACAGUGAGUUGGAGAUCUACAAGAGAGAUAAAGAUGAGCUCGAGGCACAAAUGGAGCAGCUGGCACUUGACUAUGAGAUACUGAAGCAGGAAAAUCAUGACAUCUCAUACAAAUUAGAGCAAACCCGGCUGCGAGAACAACUGAAGAUUCAGUAUGAGUGCCCAUCUUCUUCUGCUACCAUAAAUGAACUCGAGAACCAAAUUGAAUGCUUGCAAAGGGAACUCAGCAAGCAAUCAAAAGAAUUCUCCGGCUCUUUGGUGACAAUAAAUGAACUCGAAACCCACAUCAGAAGCUUGGAGGAGGAGUUAGAAAAACAGGCAAAAGUGUUUGAAAGGGAUCUAGGAUCUGUCACACAAAACAAAGUUGAGCAGGAGCAAAGAGCUAUUAGAGCUGAGGAAGCCUUACAAAUGACAAGAUUGAAGAAUGCAAAUACAGCUAUAAGGCUACAAGAGGAAUUCAAAAAACUCUCCAUGCAGAUGGCCUCAACAUUUGAUGCAAAUGAGAAGGUGGCUACAAAUGCUCUAGCUGAAGCUAAUGAGCUACGCUUGCAGAGAAAUCAGCUGGAAGAACUGCUCAAGAAAGCUAAGGAAGAGCUCCAAUCAGCUACGGAUGAUUAUGAAGCGAAACUCUGUGACCUUUCCAAUCUAGUAAAGUUAAAAUCAAAUCAGAUAGAGCAGAUGUUGGAGGAAAUUGAUGACAAAUCUAAGCAGCUUGAACACCAAAAGAAGCAUGUGGAAGAAGUUAGUGGGGCUUUUUCUAAGGAGAUCAGUAGCCUAAAAGCUGAGAUUGACAAGCUAACUACCGAAAAGAAAUGCCUACGUGAACAAGCUGAGCAGAUGGAAAGCUUGAAACUUGAGUUGGAACAUACAAAAGCACUUGUCCAAGGAACUGAAGAGCAGAUGCAAAGAGGAAAUUUAGAAAGAAAUAAUCUAGUGAGUGCGAUUGCUUUGAUGAAAAAGGAAGCAACUAAGUCAGAGGAGGAGUUGCAGAGAAUGAGGCAUUUGAAGGAAGAGAAAGAUGCGUCAAUUGAAUCCUUACAAUCAGAGCUGGACACCCUCAAAGCUCAGUGCGAUAAAUUGAAACAUUCAGUGUUUGAGGAUGAAAUAGAGAAAGAAAAACUCAGGAAGCAAGUAGUUCAAUUAAGGACUGACCUUAAGAAGAAGGAAGAUGCAUUUACUGGAAUAGAAAAGAAGUUGAAAGAGAGCAAUAGAAGAGGAGUUGUUUCUGAUGGAACAAGAACACCAUUAAGAAACAAUAAAUCUGCCAUGGUUCCUCACAGUCCUAAAGAGGUCGCAAGCCUGAGGGAGACAAUAAAGUUGCUUGAGGGACAAAUGAAGUUGAAGGAAGCUGCUUUGGAAACAUCCACAAAUGUCUUUUUGGAAAAGGAAAAGGAUCUUCAGAAGAAAAUUGAUGAGUUAGAAAACAAACUCAAUGAGUACAACACUGGUUUCUGCAGUUACCAACUUCAAAAGUUGCAGGUGUUUAAAGACACUAAGGAGGUUACAUCAAAUGGGAAAGCAUGCAUAUCGAAAGAAAAUGGAUAUGCAGUGCCCUUCGUGAAAAGCAGUGAUGGUGGUAACCAUGAUGAACUGAUGGCUGAACUAACAUCCUUAAAGGAGCGAAACAAAUCCAUGGAAAAUGAAUUGAAAGAUAUGCAAGAACGAUAUUCAGAUAUAAGCCUCAAAUUCGCAGAGGUAGAAGGUGAACGGCAACAGCUUGUGAUGACUGUGCGGAACCUCAUGAAUGCCAAGAAGAGCUGAAGGUUAUGAAUUUCUACAUAUACAUGAAUAGAAUGUAUAGUUGAAAUGACUGCUGGGUGUGCCCUUUCGGAAAAUUUAGGCAUCACGGUUCCUUUUUAGAGCGAAUAAGUUAAAUUGUACAAAAUUGUAUAUGAAUUCCCUUCACCUCUAUCUUAUCUAGAUUUAGAGGUGAGUGAUGGGUACCAGUAAGUCUAACAUAGAUAUGUUCAUUUUUAAAUUUUUUUUCUAAGUUUUGCAUGUAUUUGAGAAAUUAUAUCUCCGUACUUGUGUUUAAACGUGUUGAACAUGGGAUAAAGAGUCUGCACAACAUAGUCUCAUGUAAAGGUUUCAAAAUGCACGUACUGUUGGUACUAUUAUUAUUGUUAUCAUUAUUAUUAUUAUUUGAUACAAUUAUUAUUAUUCAUGUUUGAUUCAA